GAGCAGCAGACGGGGGCUCGCCGGCUCAGUGGCUGCGGCGGUGCACAGGGGGUGGGGGGCGGAAAACGAGCCCCAGCAGGAAUGAGGGGAGAAUCAUAUUUCCUUGGAAUGCGAGGCCCUGGUCACUAUGGCUGUGUUCUGGAGGAUGGGGGACUUCUCCUACUCUACUCUAUAGACCGAGACAAGGAUAUAAAGAGAUGUUUUGCAGAGGAAGAUUUUCAUGAAAUAACUGAUUUCAAUGAUCUCCCAAACUCUCUCUUCGCUUGUAACGUCCACCAAUCUGUGUUUGAAGGCGAGGACAGCAAGGAGAAGUUUGAGGGCUUGUUCCGUGCCUAUGAUGACUGUGUGACGUUCCAGUUGUUUAAAAGCUUCAGACGUGUGCGGAUAAAUUUCAGCAGUCCUAAAUCAGCUGCUCGGGCCAGGAUAGAGCUGCAUGAAACACAGUUCAGAGGGAAGAAGUUAAAACUAUACUUUUCACAGGUUCAGACCUCUGAGACAGAUGGGGACAAGCUUCAUUUGGCUCCACCGCAGCCCGCAAAACAGUUUCUCAUCUCACCUCCAGCCUCCCCUCCCGUAGGGUGGCAGCCAAUAGAUGAUGGAACACCAGUCAUCAACUACGACCUCCUUUAUGCAGUUUCUAAACUAGGACCAGGGGAGAAGUACGAGCUGCAUGCAGGGACAGAGUCCACCCCGAGCGUGGUGGUGCACGUCUGCGACAGCGACACAGAGGAAGAUGAGGACCCAAAGAAUUCUCCAAAGCCAAAAAUUAUUCAAACUCGGCGCCCUGGCCUGCCUCCUCCUGUGUCUAACUGAGCCUCUCCAGCGGAAGCAGCACUUCUCUCCUCCAGCAUGGCUCUUUGUUUUUCUGUUUGCUAUGUUUUGUUGAAGGGCAGCCAUUGCCUCCUGGGUAAUGGGACAUCUCGCUCAUUGAAAUCCCUUCUCUGUACUCAAGUCUGUCUAACACAAGGGCUAGGAAAAAAUUCUUUGUACAUGUAACCAUAUUACCUGCCAUCGAGUGUGAUAGGUCUUGUGAAAGGGGCUAGAAUAGGCUGGGAAGAGGGGGGGGAGUUUAGUUUGAGGGUUUUUCAUAGCAUUGCACAUUGUAAUGAUAGCAAAACCAGAAGCAUCGCUUAGUAAACUAGUGAUGGGCAAAUAGGCUGAUGUUGGGAUUAAUAUGCAGACUAGCAGAACAUUCUUCUCUGCUCCCCUUUCCACAGGAUCCCACUCCCCCCCCCUACUCCCCAGCAGACCUGGGUCUCCCACUUGUCCCUCAUUCUUACCUGGUGUCAUCUUGUGAGGUAGCAGCUUGGUGGCCUUUAACCUCUUCACCUCCACUUACUAAGCAUUUAUCUUGUGGCAGGCAACUUCUGUAGGAGACAAGAAGUUUUCUGCAUGUUUCAGUUACAGCCAGAGGACUGAAACAGUCCUGUCCCUUGACUGCUGCUGAAUACGUUGGCCCUUUAAAUCUGGGGCUGACACACCCUGGAGUGCAUUGGGCUGAAAGGGGAGGCAGGAUUUUGUGAAGGGGGAGGUGUCCUUCAUUCCUGUGUCCUCCAAUGAUAGGGAGCCAGGCUGCUAGCAGUGGGGGAAAUCCUCACAUUCCGUCCGAUUAGGAGGGCAAGGAUGUUACUUCUCUUUUCCUGCACCCCUGAGGUUAGGGUGAAGAAGCUAACUUCCCAUUACACUGGGAUUCAUUACUGUCUCAUGGUAGCAGUGAUGGACAGAGGUUUCCAGUGGUAUGCUGGAUAGCCCUGAUACUCCAGCUAUUUGCAAAUAUUUGCCUAUCCCUAAUAAUCAGCACUCCCCCUCCCCCUUUUCUCGAUGUGUUUUAAGGUCCAUAUUAGCUGUAUGCAGUAUUCUGCGCCUCACCCCCCUCCCCGGCCAAAUAAAACAGGACCACACUUAAACUUGAACUUAGACUGCAUGGAAUUUACUCUGCUGUCUCACUCACUCCUACAUGUCCCUGUCACUUAUAACAUGCACAGGAUUACUGACAUUUUUGUGCGUUCAUUAUGGCUGGUAGCAGAGAGUACUUAGAUAUUUGGAUUUUCUACCUGGGCAGAUCAUCUCUGUUAAUUAUUCUCAUGCACGCUCACCGUUUUGAGAAAGUGCUCUCUAGAGAUCUAAGCCUCGCUCUCACAAAGGCACGUGAGCUUAACUUGACACACGUGAGUAGUUCCAUUGAAAUGAAUGUUAUGAAAGCGAAGCGUAUGCAUAGGGCUUUGCAGGAUUGGGGCAUAAGCAAAUGAGCUGCAGUUCUAUCCCACCCCUUGAGAUGGCACUGAGGGGUUCCAUGUUUAAACUCUCAGUUUCUUUCCGAUCAAAUUUGCUCCAUGUACAAAUAAAAAGGUUUUGGGGUUUUUUUUUUGUUUGUUUUUUACUUCUCAACCCUGCAAGGUCAACCUGGGAUCUGAA